AUGUUAAAAGAUUCAAUAGUUGUUUUAUGUCUUUUCUUGCUAAGCGCAGGAGUUUCCGCCACUCGUGAUCCAGCCACUGGGCAUUCCCUAGGGAAAAAACCUUCAGAAAAAUUUAUAGCGACUGCCUCACCCACGGUAGCUUCUGGAAUACAAGCCUCCGAAUGUUCCCACAAUACCAGGAUGUCAAAUCAAAAGUUCGCUUGGUUCAAAAUCGACCCCUCCAAAGUGAAUCAAAAUGGUUCUACUUAUGGGACUUGUUACGCCACCACUAAAGUGCCUGCUAGCAAUCAACUAGAAACCAACAGUGGAUUCAAUUCCUUCUUCUGGCAAAAUUCGGGAGGACAAUCGGGACCAGGUACCGGCCCCAUCAGGGACCCGAACAAUGGAAAAGCUGGAUACGAGGAUAAUACUGGAAAGUUUCAUCUUGGAAAACCUACUAGUAACGGUGGCGGCAGUAAAGCAAACAACGAAAAUGCCACCAUCAAUCGGACCGGGUCUGGGGGCAAUCCCGCUAGCAAUGGUAGAUCCAGGACCGGCACAAGCGCUAAUGAAAAACCGGGAAGCAGAGGUAGUACUACGAGCAAUACCGACACUAGUACCAAUACCGGUGCUAAACAGAAUCAAAAACCCACUGGUGGAAAUAAAUCUUGA